AGAAGGGGCCGGACGUCACGUGACCCGCCCCAAACCAACCCGGUUUGAAUAGUUUUUUUUCCUCGCCGCUCCUCUUCUUCCCUGCCAGCGGCUGCUGUGCAGUCACAUCUAUCUAAAAUGGCGACCGUGGAACCGGAAACUGUCAUUACUCAAGAAGAAGAAAAAACUGAGACUUGUCAGGAGAUUGCAAACCCUGAGCACUACAUUAAGCAUCCACUACAGAACAGAUGGGCCUUGUGGUUCUUCAAAAAUGACAAAAGCAAAACCUGGCAAGCCAACCUUCGAUUAAUUUCAAAGUUUGACACUGUUGAAGAUUUUUGGGCGCUUUACAAUCAUAUCCAGUUGUCUAGUAACCUAAUAUCAGGUUGCGACUACUCACUCUUUAAGGAUGGUGUUGAGCCCAUGUGGGAAGAUGAGAAAAAUAAGCGUGGGGGAAGAUGGCUAAUUACACUUAAUAAGCAGCAAAGGAGAAAUGACCUUGACCGCUUUUGGUUAGAAACGCUCAUGUGCCUUAUUGGAGAGUCAUUUGAUGAACACAGUGAAGAUGUAUGUGGAGCUGUUGUAAAUGUUAGAGCAAAAGGAGACAAAAUAGCAAUCUGGACUACUGAUUUUGAAAACAGGGACGCAGUCACACAUAUAGGGAGGGUUUACAAGGAAAGAUUAGGACUUCCUGCAAAAGUAGUGAUUGGAUAUCAGUCCCAUGCAGAUACAGCUACUAAGAGCGGCUCCACCACCAAGAAUAGAUUUGUUGUUUAAGAAGACGCCUUCUGAGUAUUUUUUUUCAUAGGAGACUGCGUCAAGCAAUCGCGACUUGGGAGCUGUACCAAAGCCUCUACAAAAGCAGAGUGGACUGCAUUCAGAUUUGAUUUCCACCUCAAUAUUGCUAAGAAUUGUGAAAAGUCAUUCGCCUUUUUUGUCUUGUGCUAUUAUUCAAAUUCCCUCACCUUUUUUUUUUUUGGUAAGAUUAAGUUAUCCAAUCAUAACAUUUCAACACCCUUCCUACCAGUAUCCGCAGUGGUUGCCCAGGUUAUCUCUAAUAGUUUUUUUUAUUUUAUUUUUUGGGUUAACUACUAUUACAGAAUUAUUUAUCCAAAAUGUGCGCUCGCAUAACCCACCUUGAAAUCUCUACAUUUUGCAUUGUAUGCAGUUACAAUAGUUUGCUGAUCUUGCAAGGCAGAGGAUUAAAAUGCAUUCAAACUUCUCUAGCGAUUCAUGGUUUGUUUUUAUUUUAUUUUCCCCCUUAUUUUAACAGCAUUGUUCUGGCUGUAUUUUGUGCUGAUGUUGGCUGCUAGGUUUAAUUUAUUUGUUUCCCUCGAUAACAUUGGUAGUAAUUUGAUAAAAAAAAUUUAUUUUUUUUUGCUCAUGUAACAUUGGUGAUGGAUCUGGGAAAAGAAAACAAAAUGGGUUGAAUAAAAGUGUUAUUUUGUGUGUUUAGAAACUCUUAAAAAAAAAAAAAAAAAAAAAAAGUUUUUUUUUUUCUUUUGUAUGCCAUUAUGAAGCUUUGCUGCAAGUUUAUGCAUUUAAGUAGAAUCAGUGACCUGUUUAUGACAUUCCUUACUAGAAAUAGUAUGUGUUUAUUUUAUUUUUUCUCCCCCUUUUUUCUUUUUUAAUAUCCUAUGGCGCGUUUUAACACUUUGUAUUAGAUUAUAUUUUGCUUUGGUUAAACAAAAUGACUCGAGUAGCAAAGCAGUCACAAUUCAUAAGACAGUGUACAAAACUGUAAAUAAAGUGUACAGUGAAAUGUCUUUUAGACAACUA